AUGUGUGUCGACCAACAGCUCUUUCAUUCCGGUGUCCGCGGCCGAGCCGACACUUACAAGAAAAACUCAAAAGAUAUAAUCGCCAGCAAAAUGGGCUCAAAGACACAGGAAGCUCGAGUCAUUUCUGAAGCCUUGAAGGGGCAGACCAUCCACGUCCCAAACCUCUACAGCAUCCUUAAGGGAUGGCCGGUCAAGGCCAACGUCAACUACGAACGUCUCGUCCCCGUCGUUGAAGAUGCUUUCGACCGGCAAUCGCCCAACCUCCGGGAAAAGUACCGGAGGGCUGAUUACGCCCGCUUCGUUAGCCUGUACUAUCCUCAUCCCGAAUGGGAUCGAGUUCAGACCCUGGCGCUCUAUAUCAUCUGGUUGUUCUGCUGGGAUGAUGCCAUUGACCAGCAGGGGACUGGCGAUCUGAGCAACAACCUUCUGCGAGCCAAGACACGUCGUGACAACACCAUAAGAAUGCUUGAGUACGUUCUCGGCCUUGCUCCGAAGUUUGGCUCGGAUAUACAGUUUUCUCAGGCAGAUUAUGAGCUGAAGGUGAUUGGAGAUGAGUUGAAAAAAGCCUACACCCAAGAACAGAGGGAGGUCUUCAUGAGCCAGAUGCGGCGCUAUAUUGGCAACUGUCACGAAGAACAGACAAUGCGACUUCAAGGCACUCUGCCUAGCAUCGAGUCGUAUUCAGAGCUUCGCCAUGGCACAGCCGCGGUCUGGACCCUGUGUGCUCUCAUCGAAUACUCAUCUCGUGUUGACAAGUACAUCAGGUUCGGUCUAUCGGAAAACAUUUCGGAGCACAUCCGGGACAUGGAACAAAUCCAGACUAUAUGGUCCGAGACCAGCAGGGCUGUUUGGAUCACGAACGAUAUACUUUCCCUCCGUAAGGAAAUCCCCAAGGAAGGCAGCGAGAGCGUUGUAAAUGCCAUCCCCAUUAUUAUGAAGCACGAGGGCAAAUGUCCUCAACAGGCCGUUGACGCCCUCCUAGCCGAGCUAGCCACCUCUGUGGCAGCGUUUGAGGCUGCUGCCAUCGGUCUAGAAGAAGCAGCAGACAAGGGGGAAAGUGAAUUUUUGAAGACCUAUUGCGACGCAUGUCGUUGCAUGGUCACAGGGUCCAUCCAGUUCUCGCUCGAAUCAUCCCGCUACAAGCUAGAGGACUGCUUGAACGAAGACGGCUCUUUGGACAUCUUAUUUUAA